UGUGUCCCUCCUCGGCAGCGGCCAUGAAGUCGCUGUGCCUCGUCACCGUGGGGCUCCUGGCCAUGACGCUGCUCAUCGCCAGCAUCUCCUUGCUGGUAGCACACGUCUUCCAGACGGUGGUGGACCUGCAGGUGAAGCAGGGAACAGUACUGAAAAAUGGCACGGAAACCUUUGAAGCCUGGGAGGAUCCUCCCCCACCAGUCUAUAUGCAGUUCUACUUUUUUAAUGUGACAAAUCCUUUGGAAGUGCUUCAAGGCGAUACGCCUCUUGUAGAGGAAAUAGGGCCGUACACCUACCGAGAAUACAGGCCAAGAGUACAUGUUCAGUUUUUGGACAAUGGUACCAAAGUAUCUGCUCUGAAUCCAAAGACGUAUGUAUUUGAACCUCAGAAGUCAGUCGGAGACCCUGAAGUGGACCUGAUUAGAACAGUUAAUAUUCCUGCAGUGACUGCGAUGGAGUGGACCAGGUCAACCCCUCUUCAGUUUGCCACAGAGGUGCUGCUGCUUCUUUACCAAGAAUCCCUGUUUACAGUUCGCACUGUUCAUGAAUUACUGUGGGGCUACAAAGACAGGCUCCUGUCAACCAUUCAUCUUUUGCAUCCUGAGAUCGAUCCAGUAUUUGGUUUCUUUAAUAAGAUGAAUGGAACCGAUGAUGGAGAAUAUGUUUUCCUAAGUGGGGAAACAAACUACCUUAACUUCUCAAGGAUUGUGGAAUGGAAAGGAAAAGAGUCAUUGAGCUGGUGGACAACAGAGACAUGUAACAUGAUCAAUGGAACAGAUGGGACAUCCUUUCACCCACUGAUUAGCAAAGAUGAGAACAUUUAUAUCUUUUCUUCUGAUUUCUGCAGAUCUUUUUAUCUGGUGUACGACAGCUCAGGAACUGUUGCAGGCAUCCCAACCUACCGCUUUGUGCCCUCUGCUAUGGUAUUUGCCAACACGACAGUUAACCCAGACAACGCUGGAUUCUGUGUGCCGCCAGGAAACUGCCCUGGCACUGGUGUCCUCAACGUCAGCGUCUGCAAGCAAGGUGCUCCAAUAUUUCUAUCAGCUCCACAUUUUUACCAAGCAGAUCAAAAGUUUAUAGAGGACAUAGAGGGGAUGCAUCCAAAAAAGGAAGAUCAUGAGACGUUUCUGGACAUCAAUCCUCUGACAGGGCUUGUCCUGCAAGCAGCCAAGCGGAUGCAAAUCAAUGUUCACGUCAGAAAAUUACCUGAAUUUUUUGAAACAGGCAACAUCCGAACGCUAAUUUUCCCAGUGAUGUAUAUAAACGAGAGUGUUCUGAUUGAUGAAGAAUCUGCCAGCAAACUCAAGCACGUCCUGCUGGAAGCCAGUGUUGUAACUGGAAUCCCUUUCGUAAUCAUGGCUCUAGGAAUUGUUUUUGGGAUUGUUUUUAUUGUGCUCGUGUGCAGGUCCCGGGGAAUAAGUGAAGAGAGUACUGAAGAUGAAAGGUCCCCACUCAUCAGGACAUCUUAGUAGGUUUUCUUUAACGUGUGAGCUUGGAGAAUAAACUAUUAGAGCUGACCUAAUGCCAACUACCACUACCCAGCGUUGUCCACUGUGGAGAAACGGUUGUGUCAAGUAUAACUUUUUGUGGUAUAGAGAUGGAAGAGAAUCUGCACUGUCAUCAAGGGAGGAGACUUUUCUUACCGGCUAAGUUACAACUCUAAAACUACAUUUUAAAACUGCUUGAGAUCCUGCGUUUUUCAGCCCCGCACUCUCUUUGUACCUGCACUGACAGCCAUAGAUGAUCAUAACCACUGUAUCAGCGAAAAUAAAAUGGCCUGAUUCAUUACAGGAACGACACGGGUAAAAUUUGAAAAUGGCCUUAGGAGUGUGGGCUGCGAAGUACCCUUCUCGAAACAGAGCAGGCUCCUGUAUCGCCCAGGAACAACGGACAAUUUUGCUGUAGGCCUAGUAUUAUCUUUUCUGUAAAGUGUUGCGCGCUACUUAUUACCAGUAUGCACUGACUGUUUAUUAUUAAUGCCAUUGGUCCUUUCACAAAACUGAUCUGUACAACUAAUCCAAAACACCGAGUGAAACUUUGUUAAGUAUCUGUAGUUAUCAGGUAAAAAGAAGCCGAUGAUUUGAAAUGCUUUUCCAUACAGACCUCUUAACUGUUCUAACUCUGCACAGGAUCCCACUGCAUGUUAGCGAUGCAUUUAUCCUUAAAGGUUUGGGGGUUUUUUCUUCAACUUAAAAAACAAAACACAACACAACAUUGUUCUUGAUGGAGGGUGCAAAAAUGGUAUUCUUUUUGCUCUGGUAUUUGUGUCACAGUUAUCAGCUGCAUGGUUUAAUGUGAAAUGCAGACUUGACAGUUACAUUUACUGUUUAGGAUAAAAGCACACCGCCAUAUUAAGGUAUGUAUAGGGCCUUGAGAAGGCAUAACACUUUUUUUACUUGUCAAGUGGAAACUUGUUUUAAAAAUUACAAAAUUAUUUUUUCCCCAGUUAAAAGGGUAUUCUCAUUGAGAACUAUUUCCAUUAGAUCUAGAGAGUGAAA